GCGGGAAAGGGCAGGAGGGGCGACCAUGGUGACCCUCCGGCCGGAGCUGUGCCCGGGCCUCACGGAGCGCUCCGUCCACCUCCUGAGGGAAAAUGGGAUCAGGACAGUGGUGGACUUGGUCUCGGCCCGCCUGGAGGAGGUGUCUCAGAAAUGCGGCCUGUCUUACAAGACCUUGGUGGCGGCGAGGCGCUUGCUGCUGGCCCAGUUCUCGGCGCUGCCCCUGAGCGGGGCGGACGUCUACGAGGAGCUGGCGGAGACCACCGCCAUCCUGCCCACGGGCCUCCCCGGCCUGGACCAGAUUCUGGACUCGGGCCUGUACACCGGAGAGGUGGCCGAGCUCACCGGAGCCCCCGGGAGCGGCAAGACACAGGUGUGCCUGUGCGCGGCGGCCAGCGUGGCCCACGGCCUCGGCCGGGACGUCCUGUUCGUGGACUCGACGGGCGGCUUCACGGCCACCCGGCUCCUCCAGCUGCUGCGGGCCCGGACCCGGGAUGAGGAGGAGCAGGCCGGGGCACUGCGGCGGAUUCGGGUGGUGCGGUCGUUCGACGCCUUCGGGGUACUGGACGCCCUCCAGGACCUGCGGGGCAGCUUCUCUCAGCAGGGGAUGGACGCCGCGGGCCCGGUGAAGAUGGUGGUGGUGGAUUCGGUGUCGGCCGUCAUCUCCCCGCUCCUGGGAGGCCGACAGAGCGAAGGUUUGGCCGUGAUGAUGCAGCUGGCCCGGGAGCUGAAGACCCUGGCCCGGGAGUUUGGCGUGGCCGUGAUGGUGACCAACCACGUGACCAGAGACAGAGAGACGGGGCGGCCGCGGCCAGGGCUGGGCCGCUCCUGGAGCUUCGUGCCCAGCACCCGGGUGGUCCUGGAGGGGGCCGGGCCCCGGCGGACGGCCCGCCUCGCCAAGUCGCCACGCCAGCCAACGGGCAUCCAAGAGGCGCUGGAUCUGGACUCCUGGGGGACCCCGGCAACGAAUCCGUCGCCAGAGGCUUCCUGAAGGCCGAGGGGGUGGACCGCGUCCCCGCCGAGCCACCCCAACCUCGGGGCCCUGGACUCCCACCUGCGGUGGCCACGUCGACUGUGGGGGUUGGU